AUGCCGUCCCCUACUGCUUCCUUAACCGAUCCCAAUACCACCCCCACCGCAAACCCCGCCACCGCAAACCAUGCCUCCUCAACCUCCUCCAACCCUCCGUUCAAAUUUACGUGGAAGGUCACUGCUGUCACAUCCCCUUCGCCCGCUGCCCUUCCCUCCCCUACCACGGAAAGCCCUCACCUCGCCGCCACCUCUCCUUCGCUGCUGCCUUUUCAGUCUCACUCGCCCACCCGGCCUUCAGCGUCCAAUCCUGUGCCUACACCUAAUCAACUGCUUAUAUCGAAUCAGGCCAACGCUCAUUUCCCUGCAAGCACUGCCGCUACCGCUUUCACUGCUCCGCCUCCAAAGCACCCCGCUCUUCACCUUGAUUCGCAAUCCCCGCGUCUCACAAUUCCAUCCACCGCUUUGCACCGCUCUGCAUCCAUUAAGCAACGAGCCGCCCGCAUGCCGUCCAGGACCCCAUCUCCCUCGCCCCGCUCCUGCAGUCCUCAUCCGUCCAGCCCGCGUGAGUCCACCCCUCCAAAGCACAGCCACGCGUCAAAUCACGCAAGAGCCUUCAGCUCCGGCUCCUCUGGUCGCCGCUCAUUCACUCACCAAGCCCCCGCAAGCCCCAAACCCUCUCGCUCGCGGCCGUCCUUCUCCCCUCGCCCAUCUUCCACUCCACCUGCUCGCGCUGCUGCUGUGCGUGAGCCAUCUCCCGCCCCUGUUGCCGCCGCCACCGCUGCCGCCGCCACCGCUGCCGCCGCCACCGCUGCCGCUGCCACCGCUGCUGCUCCUUCGCUUGCAUCUGGUGCGUCGCUUGGCAGUGGGUCGGCGUCGAUGCGGAAUAUGUACAGUAUGGCGUGGGCCAGUGGCGUGUGCAGCUGGGACGAGAUGGAGGGCGAUGUGGACCUCGGCCUUGGCCUGGCGGACGUUGGCGCGACGGAGGGGCAGUUGAGCGGGAAGGAGCGGGGGACGGAGAAGGAGAGGAAAAAGGAGGUGGGGGAUAAGGAGAAGGAGAAGGAGAAGAGAAAGGAGAAAGAUAAGGAAAAGGAAAAGGAGAAGGGAAAGGAGAAGGAGAAGGAAAAGGAAAAGGAGAAGGAGAAGGAGAAGGAGAAGGAAAGGGAGAAGGAAAAGGAGGCCGCGAAGAAUAAGGAGAAGGAGAAGGAUGCAGGAUUGGAGGCGAAGGCAGUCAUGAAAGUAUCGGAUGACAAGAAGGAGAAGGAGCAGGAGACGGAUAAGGAUGCAAAGGCAACGGAGGAGGAGGAGCGACAGAAUAGGGAGACAUCGAGGAAGGAGAAGAAGAGGGAAAAGAGGAAGCUGUUUAGGAAGGAGAAAAAGGAGAAGUUGAGGAAGGAGAGGGAGGAGAGGGAGGAGAGGGAGGAGAGGGAGAAGAAAGAGAAGGAAAAGGAGAAAGAGAAGGAGAAGGGGAGCGAGAAUGGGGAGGAGAAGGAGAAACGGGAGGUGGGGAAGAAGGAGGAAGAGACACACGAGGUGAAAAGGGGGGAGAAAGAUGCAGGGGAGGAGAGGGAAAAGACAAAAGAGGAGGAGAAGGGGGCGCAGUUGAAGGUGGGGAGAAGAAAAAGGAAGAAGAUGAAAGGGUUGGCUGUUGACGGUAACAAGGAGGCAAAGGGGCCAGAUCAGGAUGAGAAGACGAAGGCCACAGCAGGGCACAUGGAAGGUGGGAGAACUAGUGAGGAGGAAGGGGGGGCGCAAGACAGAGGCGAUGGUAAAGAAGAGGCGAAAAGGCAAAGAGAGGCUGUCAGUCGUAUGGAGGGAAAGGACAGCACAGAAGCCCAGCCCGCCUUUCACCCCGAUGCAUUGAAUUUGAUGGCUGCACUGGAGCAGAUCCUUGCAGCUGGGGCGGAGGGCUCAAACUCUCGUCUGCUUAAUGGCACAGCAGGUGGAGCAGCAGCGUCUGUGUUACCAGCACAGCCUGCCGCAGCUGCCGCUGCAGCAGGAGCGGGAUCAGGAGCGGGAGCAGCGGAGGGAGCGACAGCAGGAGCAGCGGAAGCAGUGCGGUAUUCAUACAAUCCCUUUGCUGGUGAUGAUAUUGAUCCCCCAGCCACCACCAGUGACACUGCUGCUCCCACAUCCUCUCUCCCACCACCUCCCCACUCCUCGCUCUAUUCUUCCCUCCAACAUGCUCUCGAGUCCAAUCCCAACCUGCUCUCUUACCUCGCUUCUCUGCACCACUCUGCAUCCCUGGGAUCCACGACAGCAGGGGAUGGUGUAACACCUUCGCCUGCUCCGCACCACCAGCAGCCGGUGUGGUUCAAGCAUGCUUCGCCACCACCUAGCAGUAACACCCCUCCUGUUCCUAACACGAGCUCUCUUGACGUGCAUGCCCCCCCUCCAAUGCACGCACUGCCACCCGCUCACCCAUCGCCAACAUACUCACACAUGCCACAACCCCCUCUGCUAACACAUGCAGCAGCUGCUGCCGCCACUGCCUCCCAUGCUGCUGCUGCUGCUGCUGUUGCUGCUGGUGGUGGUAGUGCUGCUGGUUCUGCAGCUGCAACGGCACAAUCAACAAGUGCAACAGCAGUGGCCCCUGCGGCUAGUGCAGUGGCAGCAGAGGCAUGCAAGGACAAGGACAUGGUGCGGCACAGAGAUCCCCGCAAGCGCAUGCGCUCCGCACCAGACACAGACGCCACUGGAGGCUCUGCCAUUCCUGCCGCCAUUGCCGCUGCUGCUGCUGGUGAUCAGGGGAGGCAGGGGCAGGGCGGGCAGAGCAGUGGGAAGCAAGAAGGAGAAGGCGCGUGGGAGGAUGCGGUGGAGGAGGGAGGGGGCAAGAGACAGCGCAUGCUGCAUGAUGCUGGUGCUGCUGGUGGUGCUGGUGGUGCCAGUGAUGCAGAUGAUGUGGUCAUGAGUGUGAAGGAAGAGUGGGAGGCAGCAAGAGGUGGCGGCAGCGACGCAAGGAGAGGAGGGGUGAGAGACGCAUCAGCGCGUGCUGCACUGCGUGCAGAGGAGCAAUCGCGCGCAUUGGUGCCCCAUGGAGAGGAGAGUGUGUCGUGCGCGGGGGAUAUUGUGGCAGGAGGGGAAGUGCUGGGCGAGGGAGGCAGGGACACAGCAGGAGGCGCGGGGGGGCAGGUGGUGGGGCGGAGGAGAGGCAGGGAUCCGAGGGUUCCUGGCAUGCAGUCACAAUCAGGGCCUGUUUCAUUGGAAGAGGAGGAGUGGGCGAAGGUGGGGGCGGAAGGGGUGCCUGAGCAGCUUGUCUCAGACACACGGUGGGAUGCCAGCUCACGGGAGUGCGCGGCUGCCACCCCUCCUUCUGCUGCUGCUGCUGCUUUUGAGGCAGUGCCGACUGCCACUGCUGCUGUUGUUGGAGUGCAGGGUGUGGAGGUUGAAGGGCAAGGCACUGAUGGGCGCAGAGGGAAUGCAUUUGCAGGGCAGCAUGGUGGGGUGGUGGAGGAGCGGUUUAGCGAUGGGGAGGAGGAGGAGGAAGACGACGCUGGUGUGGGCAGCAAAUUGGAGGCAGCAGCAGCAGGGGCGGGUGCAGCAGGCAGGCUUGAUGGUGCAGGUGCGGCGGAGCAGAACGGGGAGGUGACGGGGAUAGCAGCGGAGAGGCUCCGGCGCAUGGCAGAGACGGAGAGCAUGCUGGGUGCUGGCAAGCUGUGCCUUGUGCUGGACCUCGACCACACCCUCCUCAACUCCGCCAAGUUCAGUGAGAUCGGCCCCGAGUGGGAGGAGCAGCUGCGCCACAUGGAGGCCCGAGACAAGCAACAGAGCAAGCAGCAGCAGCAGCAGCAGCAGGCGCAGGCGCAGGCGCAGGCACAGGGGGGCGGGGAGGGCAGUGCAGGGGGCGGGCGGGAGCUGUACCGGUUCCCGCACAUGGGCAUGUGGACCAAGCUGCGGCCUGGCGUGCGCACCUUCCUCCACCGCGUGGCAGCGCUGUUUGAGCUGCACGUGUACACGAUGGGCAACCGGUGGUACGCGUCGGAGAUGGCGCGCAUCCUGGACCCGCUCGGCACGCUCUUCCACUCCCGCAUCAUCGCCAAGGGCGUGCAGGCCCCCGCCACCCUCUCCUCCUCCUCCCCUGCUGCCGCCGCCGCCGCAACUACGCCUGCAGCUGGGGGGGAUGCGGCGGGGGCAGGGGCAGGGGGAGGGGCAGGGACGGGGGGAGGGGGGCAGGGCGUGGUGGUACGGAGUAAGGAUCUGGAGGGCGUGUUGGGGAUGGAGUCGAGUGUGCUCAUAGUGGAUGACUCCUCCUCCGUCUGGCCUCACCAUGCCCGCAACCUCAUCCUCGUUGAACGGUACACGUACUUCCCGCACAGCCGGCGCAGCAUGGGGCUGCCGGGGCCAGCGCUCAUGGAAGUGGGGCAUGACGAGAGGGCCGCCGAUGGCAUGCUCGCCUCCAUCCUCACUGUGUUGGAGCGCAUACACGGGUCGUUCUUUGCGAGUAGGCAGCGGGGCAUGCAGCAGCACCACCUAGACGUGCGCAGCAUACUGGCGGAGCAGCAGCGCCGUGUGCUCGCCGGCUGCUGCAUCGUCUUCUCCCGCAUCUUUCCGGUCUGCCCCGCCCCGCUCUCUCUCCCCAUUUACUCCUCUUUUCGGGCGCUUCAAAACUGCUCUCCCUCUCGGCCUCUUGUUUCUCGGUUGUGGGUGGGCGAGGCGAAUGCGCGGUCACACCCGCUGUGGCGUCUGGCAGAGCAGUUCGGGGCAGUGUGCACGCUUACUCUCUGCGAUGCCGUCACACACGUGGUUGCGCUCGCGCUCGGCACAGAUAAGGUGACGUGGGCGCUUAACUCGGGCCGGCAUGUGGUGCGCCCAGGAUGGCUGGAGGCGUCGGCAGUGCUGUACCACAGGGCCAAGGAGCACGACUUCCGCCUCACACCCUGA